GAUUGAGUAGUGACUCUGCUGAUAUUCCCGAGCUCGAUCUAAUCACAUCUGUUCUGUAUAUCCGUUCACAACGGACAGUGUUCAUUUCUUUCUUUGACAUCCGUAGACGUGUUUUUGCGUUGGAUUUAGACUGCGCUGUUAUUGGUUGGCCGACGAUUGCGCUCGAAUUCAAAUAAGAGACAUUGUGCACCACGUGGAGGUGUGGCCACAGAAAACAGCGCGCGCAUAAUAUUCUUCGCGCUUCUGUAUGUGCAUCAAUGGCGGCUCGUGGAGCCUCUCAAUAGUUCCCGGAAGUAGCAGCAAACACAUGCCGCGCCGUAGAGAUGCAGCAGAACAAACCGUUUGCGACGCACUUUUAAAAGUUUGGGUAGAUACGAUGGAAAGUGAACAAUCAGCUCAUGUAAAUGAAGAAGAAAUGGACAUGGGUGAAGACCUGAGCGACUUUGACAAGGGACAAAUUGUUGUGGCCAGACGGCUGGGUUUGAGCAUCUCUGAUACGGCAAAGCUUGUGGGGUGCUCCCGGUCAGCAGUGGAAGCAAGUGGAUCGCCAACUCAAGAAAAACAAAGAGUACGACCAAAGGGUAGCAGAAAUAAAGGACCUUCCAAGAGAAAAGCAUCGGCUGGAGGAAAACCGAAGGGAAGGCCUAAGAAAGAGGAGAAGGAAAAACAGGCACCUCAGGACUCGUCUGAGGGCGCUGAAGAUGAUGACAAGAAAGAACAGUAAUUGUAUCUUACCGGAGCACUACACCACAACCAAACAAACUGCCCGUCUGCUCUCCAACCUGUGAAUCGCAGGGAAUGUCAUUUCAUAUAUAGGAAAAUAUAUUCUGCAUAAAUACAUAAAUGCAUUUUUUGUAAGUAGGUCAAAUAAAGAAACUAGAAUCAACCUACAUGAGAAAAUGUUGAGUGUUUCUAGUUUUUAUUUUACUACAUAUAUAUCUGUUAAACUAACAUGCUUUACUAAUGUUUUGUAUUUUAUCCAUGUUGUUGACUAGCUAUAAUUUAGCACAUGUGCUGUCUUUACAUUUUUUUUUUUUAAACUUAAUUUGGUCAUGACUGUUCUAUUACAAAUGAUUUGUAAAUCUAAUUUUUGAUCUUUUUGGGAACUCGUUUGUUUUGUUUUCUUCAAUUGACAUGUUUUGUACUUCUAUCUGGAAAUUAUUGACUAUAGGCCUCCUUGACCUGAGCUUAUGCACCUCUGUUUUCCGGGUUCAUUUGUAUUGAGAAUCAUAUGUCUGUCACAGUGACGCUACAGAAAUUAAAUGGAAGUGUUGGUCAAUUUUUAAGCUAUUUUUGACACCGACUAGGGGUUACUGUUACAAAUGGCAGUGAAACUGAACUAUAAAUGUACUUUUUGGUGUUUUGUGCUAAAUGAGACAUUCUUAAUAAUUCAUGUUUGGGAACUAGACAGAUCAGCCACAACAUUAAAACCACUGACCGGUGAAGUGAAUAACAUGUAUUAUCUUGUUACAAUGGCACCUGUCAAGGGGUGAUAUAUAUUAGGCAGCAAGUGAACAGUCAGUUCUUGAAUUUCAUGUAUUGGAAGCAGGAAAAAUGGUCAAGUGUAAGGAUCUGAGCGACUUUGACAAGGGCCAAUUUGUGAGGGCCAGACAACUGGGUCAGAGCAUUUCCAAAAUGGCAGGUCUUGUGGGGUGUUUCCGGUGUUCAGUGGUUGGUACCUACCAAUAGUGGUCCAAGGAAGUACAACUGGAGAACUUAGCGGGAUUAUGAACAGAGGCUAUACAUUUAGGCUAAUAGAGACGAGCCACUUUUAUUUAAAUUAAUGGGAGAAAUUGGAACGCCCAACCAAGGAGCCAGAACGGAUGUCCUGCCUUACAUGUAAAAGAGCCAAUCGCCUUUUAGAUACAGACUUAACCUGUCAAUGAACUCGAGAACGCGCAUGCGCAUUAGCUAUAAACCCCGGGGAAAAUAAAUUACGUUUUGAUUUUUAAGUGUAACUUGAGGCGAAGAAGCUCAAUUUAUGAUACCAGUUUUAUCAGAUUUUACUGCUGAUUUUAAAUAUGCUCUUUGAUCGUAAUCUUGACAGACCAUUUUUGAGAUUUCGAUGUUCCCCCAUUCAAGUAGAUUGGAGUUCCACUGGCAUGACUGAAAAUAGCCUCCCGGGAGCGUUCCAAAAAUGGCCGACAGUGGACUGACUUGCUAGUACGCUUUGGUUUGAAUCAAUCUGGCCAGCUGGGUAGUGUUAAAGUUCACACUAAGGGCUUAGUAACUACUAGUUGGUUUGUAAAUAAGUCAAUACUUAAUUUGGUUUCACCAACUGUAUUAGUAGGUCGAAAGCUCUCCUUAAAGUAAUGAGUAGUCGUAUAAUAUGACGUUAAGGCCUACUUGUAUUAAUCCAAUAAGCAGCCUACAAAUUUGUACGCAGAUGUGAUAAAAUGCCGUGAAUUUCAGUUGGAUCUUGUUACGGUUGAUGUUCAAACCUUUGCUCAUGUAACUGUUAGCUGUAAUACAUUUUAUCCUGACAAUACUUAAUAAAACAAGAUUUAAUUAUUGGUAUAAUUAGCCUAUGUAAAUAAUAAAAUUCAAUAAUUGUAUCUAAAACGAAUAAAGGGCAAAAAUAAAUAAAUACAUACUAAUACCACAGGCUGGAAAAUAAACGUAUUCAAUUUAAUAUUGUAUAUAUAUUGACUGUUGAAAAUGUGCACUGGGCAGCGUAGACGGGAAAGUGCACCGUUAGGUUUCAUGCUGAAGUAAAAAUUUUUUCACAAUGUUUUCUCCCGUUAAUUUAAACGAGUGUAAAUGUCAACAUCAUAUAUGUCGAAAGGUCUGAAGCUUGUCACACAAAACAUGAGCUCGUUGAUGUCAUUAAAUUAGUCUGCUUCUUUAUUCCAAUCGCCUUAACCAGCGUUCGCGCCUCUUUCUGAAGUUUUCCUAAAAUAUGAAUAUAUGUUUUUGGAAUUAACAGUGUAUACUGCCCUCAUUCUUAUGGCGUCACGUAUUUUUAUAAUUUCCAAAACAAAGUUUUAUUGUGUGUAUAAUAAUAAUAAUACAUAUUAUUAUAAUAAUACAAAGUUACAAAUACAUGACUUCAUUUUGCAUAUUGCUUGUUUUAAUGCUUAUUUAAAACAUUAA